AUGACAAGAAGUUUCAAAGAUAAGUUGGGUGAAGGAGGAUUUGGUGCUGUAUAUAAAGGAAAGCUUCGCAGUGGGCCAUUUGCGGCCAUAAAGAUGUUGGGAAAAUCAAAGGGUAAUGGACAAGAUUUUAUCAAUGAAGUCGCAACCAUAGGACGAAUACAUCACACCAAUGUGGUUCGACUUAUUGGAUUUUGUGUGGAAAGAUCAAAACGAGCUCUUGUUUAUGAAUUCAUGCCCAAUGGUUCUCUUGAUAAAUAUAUUUCUUCUAGAGAGAAUGCCAUCACUCUAACUUAUAAACAAAUGUUUGACAUAUCUCUUGGAGUGGCUCGUGGGAUUGCUUAUUUACAUCAAGGAUGUGACAUGCAAAUUUUGCAUUUUGAUAUCAAGCCACAUAACAUACUUUUGGACGACAACUUUGUCCCUAAAGUUUCAGACUUUGGUCUUGCGAAGCUUUAUCCUAAUGACAUUAGCAUUGUCACUUUGACGGCAGCAAGAGGUACAAUUGGUUAUAUGGCUCCUGAAUUAUUUUAUCAAAAUAUUGGAGGAGUUUCUUAUAAGGCUGAUGUAUAUAGCUUUGGAAUGCUUUUGAUGGAAAUGGCAAGUAAAAGAAGAAAUUUAAAUCCACACGCAGAUCGUUCAAGCCAACUUUUCUAUCCUUUUUGGAUUUACAAUCAAUUGGUUGAAGAAAAGGACAUAGAAAUGGAUGAAAUUACCAAUGAAGAAAUGACUAAUGUGAAAAAGAUGUUCAUAACUUCACUAUGGUGUAUACAGUUAAAACCAAGUGACCGGCCUUCAAUGGACAAAGUAAUAGAGAUGCUUGAAGGAGAUAUUGAAAAUAUUGAAAUGCCUCCAAAACCUUCUCUAUAUCCAAAUGAAGUUAUUCAAGAAGAUCUCGAAGAAACCUCUGAUUAA